GGUGUUUUGAAAUACUGCCUUCAUUUUGUGUGCUGAAAAGUUCUCACUUUGCUGUUUCCACACCUGCCUCCCACUGCCAGUUCGACAAAGAUUACAGAUAUUGUGCUGUUGAAUGUGAGGAAGAUCAUAAUGAUGGAAAUUGAAAUUCAGGCUGAGCUACUUAAGGAAGCCAAGGAGAGUAUUGAGGCAGCAAAGAAUUACAAAGGUGAAUUGGAACAACGACUACAGGGCCUGAACCAGGCGAGGAAUCAGAUCAACGGGAGUGCCGUAGAGACGCGCGAUGCCCUACAACGCCACUUCAAGGAAUUGAAGGCCUCAGUGAUCAAGCUGCUGGAUGAACGGUUAAUACUUCUCCUGCAAGAGGUGGAUAAAGUUGAAGAAGAGAGCAUCAAGCCUCUGGAUGAUUGUCAGAAGUUAAUUGAGCAUGGUGUGAACACGGCUGAGGAGCUGCUCCGAGAAGGAGAGGUUGCGGUUCUCUGUGGCACAGCAGAGGAAAAACUUGGAAACUUCACAAAGAAAGCUCUGCAAAUCCAGCUGGACAGUUUGCCUGAGGUCCCUUCACUGGUGGAGGUGCCGUGUUUAUCGGUCCAGUUGGAUGAAUCUUUCCUUGGUUUUGUCAAGGACCGAAUCUCCACCCAUGGAGCUAUAGCUUCUCGGCCUCCCGUCCAGAUAGAGGAGCUGACGGAGCGGCCAGGAGGGAUUCUUGUCCGAUGGUGUAAGGACGACGAUGACUUUGUGGCUCAGGAAUACCGGUUACAGUUCUGUAAAAGCUCAGCCAGCAACUUUGAAGAUGUCUACGUUGGACCCGACACGGAAUUUGUUGUUUUGCACAUUGACACGAACGUUGGCUACACCUUCCGGGUGUGUGCCCGGGGAGAGGGGCGGAUGGAGUGGAGCCCGUGGAGCAUCCCACAGACGGGACACACCACCCUGAGUGCACACGAGUGGAUCGUGGGCUGCGAGGGCUUUAGUCUCAGCAGUCGCAGGGACAUGGCACUGAGGAAUGACUCUCCCACUUGUGGUGUGCUGUACUCCAAGGAGCCCACCUACACCAGCGGGCAGACCCUCACAUUCCGGAUGGAGGCGGCAGGUCUGCCGGACAAGCGAGACAGUAUCGGAGUGUGUGUUGAGCCCCAGAACGGGUGUGAAUCCCUGCAGAGGGACAAGGCCGUUUGCAUCAGCUCCAAUGGGGCAGUAUUUGUGAAUGGCAAAGAAAUGACCAAUCAGCUUCCGUGUGUUUCCACUGGUUCCUCGGUGACGUUCGAUAUGGAAGUGGUCAGCUUCGGUUCAGCCUUCAACGAUGCCACUAGCUUCAAACUUCGAGUGAUCAUAAGCUCGGGGAAUCGGGAAGUGGUGUUUGACUGGUUGCUGGACCAGCCCUGUGAAGCUUUGUACUUUGGCUGCUCCUUUGUGUACCCCGGUUGGAAAGUGCUGGUUUUUUAAGACUACAGUGAGGGCAUCCCCUCAUAUUUUUAACGGCAUCUGUUAGGACUUAAGUCUGUCAACUCAAACUUGUGCAAGAGCUGGAGCCUCUCAGUAAAGAAUGGCCCUUGUAUUCUAGUUAUGACAUCCUAUAUUUGGAAAAGCCUUGAGCUUAUUGGAUCUGUUUGGUUUGUGGGACAGAGAAGGAAAAGAAGCAAUUUUGUCAACUUUCAAGGCUUUUUUUAAAAAAUAUAUUAAGCUAGGUGAAAGUGCCUGAAUUUUUCUUGUGAAAAAGAUAAUAAGAAUGCUCCAUAUUUAAACAGUUCUCCAGGUUGAUACAGGGAUCUGUGGAGAAUGAUGUUGUAUUAAGUCUGAAGUUUGUUUAUUCAGUGAAUAGCCAAGAUGAAUUUUGCAGUUGUUUUUAAUGUGUGUGUGUCUGUGGACUGCUGCCAUUGUAACAUUUGGAUUUUAGACAUUAGCACCGAUUUAAGAAUUGAAGAAGUGCCAGAUUUCUCCUCCUCAUCCCCAGCCUUGCACUGUUCUUUACAUGUUUCAAUAUGAGCUUUGGCCAGGGAUGAUUUGAAAUGAAAGAAAUGCCAGUAUUUGAAUUGUUCCUUUCAGCCUUUGAGACUGCUGUCUAGCAUCUGGUAUAACACAGGUUUUCAGUAUUCAGUCUGCUACCCAGCAGAAAAUUGUGUUCAUGUGAACUACAGAUGGGCUCAGCUGGAGAACAAAUGUGAACUAUUUUAUAUUGAUGUCUAACAAACUUAUUGGUAACUUUUAUAUCUUCUUCAAAGCCCAAUCCUUACCCCAAAUCUCUUUCCCCAUUUAUGGUAAGUGCAAUUUGAGAGUGUAUUUUAAAUAUAAAAGAUAGCAUUUAUUAUUUUAAAAUAGUUGUUCAUUGUCCAAUUACACUGUUACAUAGAGUAGCUUUUGAGUCAUGAAUGUUCCCCAAGCACGUCACUCAGUGAAUCCCAGGCUGUUCAUUUGAUGGCAUGUUAAGGGCUUGUGGAUAUGUUGGUGUGUGGUUAUUGUACAAAUUAAUAUUUUAAUACCUUGUGGCCUGAGCCUGCAUGACAAGUGAGAUGUCCAUGAAAUAUCUGAACACAGCUAGCAACCUGCCCCACUAACCUUCUAUGUGUUUAGAUCACAAAUGUUGCAGCUUUGUUUUACACUGCCAAGACUGUGGUAUAGUAACUUUAUGGAAGAAUCCAUUUUGUGUUCUCCAUCAGAAGAUUUCCUGAGUCAGUUAACAGCCAGUUUUGGAACCAGUGCUGACUGGAAUCUUCUAUUCCUCUAGUCUUUUGAUCAGCAGAAAACUGAGUACAUUAAGUAGAAAUGAAAUGGUCUGCUGCACUAGUGAAUUGUUUUCUUAUACCUUUACUGUGAAAUUGCUUACAAAUGGAGUGAAGAGGUCUUAAUGAAAUGGGGCAGAUGGGACAUCACUGGAUCAGUCUAGAGUCUUCAAUUACAUUAUACAUGUCAUCUAUCAAUUGCUGUGCCUAUAUUUAGUGAAAACUACCUAUAUAAAGUUACCACAACUUGCUAUUGUUAUGCUACAUGAGCUCUAUUGGCAGGUGGCUGUACUUAAUGUGAUGAAUUUAAAUUUCUACUAUGAACAUAUCAGAAAACAGGAGAAGUAUGUACUUUUUAUGGAAUGACUGGGUUUGGAAACAUCCAGAAUAAUGUUCAGAGACUUGAUGAAAAGUGCCUUUAUUUGUUGAUACAAGUAGUUGCAGGACAAUCACGAUGUUUAAAAAGUGCCUGUAUGCUUAUCACUUAUCCUGUGAACUGCAUCUUCUAAUACUCUCUCUACCUGAAUAGUUACAAGGUUGAACAAUUGGCUUUAUCAAAUUGUACUUAAAACUCAAAUGCUAACCAGAUCUGAGUAAAUACACUGCCUGGUGUGGGGCUAAACUUGCCAUUUAUCAUGCCUGUUUUCAGCCAGACAAUGGCAGAAUACAGCAGUGCAGACCAGAGUAGGCAAAUAUACAACUGUUAUGCUGUUGAAAUUAAUGUAUCUGUGAGCUUGGUGUUCUUAACAUUUAAAGGUUUCAGGCUGAAUGUAGGUAUCUGCCCAGUAUAGGUGAUUUUCAACAAAAAUAUCUUCCUCCACUAAUUUCACCUGUAAAGAGCUGCCAGCAGCUAAAGCACUGUUCCAGUAACAGCCAAUCCUAUACUGUAAUUUUAUGAGGAAAUUUAACUAUGUUCUUGAAGUUUAAUGUUUGCCAGCUAGUUAAGGGUUUCUUCUGUCAUGACUGAGCUUUGAGUUAUCACAAAGAAUCUGAACUCCAGGUUGAUCAGGGUCUCAUUGUGCUACUUUUUACCUCAUUAUUAAGCUCUGCAACUUUCUGGCCACGUGAUUAAAGCCAAGCAUGAUUUAGUUGUAUUGCAAUAAGCAUUUUCUAAUAAAGUGAAAAUACACACAAAAAAAAUCAGUAAUCAUUGCUUUGUCUAAUAUUGCUUCCUUUAAAACACAGUGGUGGGGCUGGCUGCUCUUCCCCACAAUCAAUUCCGAUUCACCAAGACCCUGUAUCAAACGCUGCACCAUAUGGAAUGUCCAAGUCUAUAAAUAUCAUUGGCAAUGUCCCAAGAACAGAACAGGACAGCAAGGUGGAGCUACAAGAUUUUUCUGAAUAGCAUCAUGCAGUUUACAUCAGGCUUCCAGGACCCAAAAUGUUCAUAGAUCUGACAUAGCCACAACUGAACAAGGCUAGCUAGGCCUAGCCUUCUAAAAUAGGCACAGAAUGUGACAGAUGCACACAGGGUCCAAAAGUGGCCAUGCAGCUGGGCAGAGGAGGCAUAUUUCAUGCUUGCCUCCAUGGUUCAGGGCAUAGAAUAUAGAAGUUGAUGUCAUAUUGCAACAACACUGGUUAGGCCAUACUUGGAGUGUUGUGUAUAGUUCUGGUCACCACACUAUAGGAAGGAUGUGAUUGCACCAGAGAAGGUGCAGAGGACAUUCACCAGGAUGUUGCCUGGGAUGGAAUGUUUCAGUUACGAGAGUGGAUUUGUUUUCCUUGCAGUGGAGGAGACAGAGAGAACCUGAAAGACAAGUACAAAAUUAUGGAGGGAUAGGACAGAUAGAAACCUUUCUCCAUGACAGAGGGCAUAGAUUUAGGAGCAACAUUUACAGGGAAUUGGAGGAAUUUUUUUCCAUGCAGAGGGUAGUUGGAAUCUGAAAUGCAAUCACAAUAUUUAAGCAGCAUCUAGACAAGCAGGUUAGGCACAGGAUACAGAGGUAAUGUGGACAAAUGGGAUUAGUGUGGAUGGGCAAAAGAAUCAGCGUGGAGGUGAUGGGGCAAGGGGUCUGUUUCUAUGUUGUAUGGCCGAUUCUUAGUGUAUUUACACAUCUAUAAAAGGAGUACAAGCAGAACAUCAGAAUAUUCAGCAGGUAAAACAGCAUCUGUGGAAAAGAGAAACAGUUAACAUUUCCAGUCCAAGUCUCUUCAAAUCGACUCAUUUGAUGCACAGACAAGAUUCUCAAUCCCAUCUCAAAUGUUUCUUCUCCACUUUAAAUAUUUUUUUUCCAAGACAGCUUGAGUGCAUCUUGCUAAUCCCUUCCUAUGACAGAGCUCAGAACAGGUGUGCAUCAGGUAACAGUGCCAAUUAAGUGUAACAAUGGGAUGUUGGCCUGUGUGAGUACACCGACAGUGGGUUACUUAUCCUUCUAGUGGACUUUAGAGGAUGUGGAUAAAACAUUGGCGGUAUCUUUCCAGUGCCGAGGUACAUACUGUAGGUAGUCCAGCUCUUAGAAGCAUAGAGGAGGACAGGGAUCACUGCUGUAACAUUGAAAUGAAUAUUGAUGUGCAAGUCAUCUCUUGAUAUGGAGUAGGAGAGAGCAGGAAGUUAGGACGAAAGAGGAAUCAGAACCAAGUGA